AUGGGAAUUCAAGGAUUGCUCCAGUUUCUAAAGGAUGCAUCUGAGCCUGUCCACAUGAAGAAGUAUAAAGGGCAGACCGUUGCUGUGGACACCUAUUGCUGGCUGCAUAAAGGGGCUUUUGCUUGUGCUGAAAAAUUGGCUAAAGGAGAGCCAACUGACCAGUAAGUGACGUGUUUGGUUGUUACUGUAACUUCCUUUAUAAAGUCCCAUCACAUUCUGCAAGGAUAUACGUUCAUAGACAGAUUUUUAUUUUUUUUACACUAUGAUGUGUGGUUAAUAAUCAUGGGGGUUUUUCAACGUGAAGAUUGCCUACGUUGAAUGAAACAUGAAUAUUAUAAAAAAUACUCAUUCACAAAACAUAACAAUAAAAACAAGCCUCAACAGAGUGCCAAGCACUGUUCUCGCUUUGGCAUCUUAAGAAACAAUUUGCUAUUUGGUAUUCCAUGCCAUGAAUGGAUAUCAAUGAGUAUCUAAAGUGGUCACAUUGGUUUGAUGCUUAGGGCAAGUUCUACUGCCCACUGACUCUGUUUAGUAAAUGAACUCCCAAGUUAUUUCCCUUAAUUCACUGCAUUCUGUACCUGCGUGUGGAUAUGUCAUGUGACAGUCAUUACUAUCAUUUUACAGGUAUGUUGCUUACUGUAUGAAGUUUGUUCAUAUGCUUCUGAUGAACGGGGUCAAACCAAUACUUGUAUUUGAUGGAUGCACAUUGCCUUCCAAAAAAGAUGUUGAAAAAGCAAGACGAGAGUAAGUAUUUGCAAAUGUUCUAGAGUUUUUAUUAUACUAUACUGUAAUGUGUGCUGGUAUUUCUCAUGCUGUUUUUUCUCCAUGCUUCAGCUCCGUUUAUAUACUACGCACCGAGUUGUCAUGAGUUGCAAAUGUGGAGAUAGUAGCAACAUUUUUUUGAAAUUUAAUUUUAUUUCACUGGUUACUUUUUGGAGUUUUUGACCUGGAUGGUAUUGAUGGGGUAUAUACUUUCUUUGUAUAAUGGUGUGCAAAUUGCUGUAAAUAAAAAUAUAUUUAUAAAAUGACUGCAUUACCUUGCAUUUGUUUGUGAUUUAAACUAAUGCAGCAUGGAGACUUCCAAUGUAGUGCUGCAGAUUGUGUACAAAAAACAAACAAACCACAAGCACCUGUGUGACUGAGUGGGGAGACUUUGCUAAUGUCAGUGUAUGAGUGUUCAUUUCUGCUUAGCCAAAGGUGAGUGCGGUAUAGAGUGCAUUGAUAAAUCUUGUCUUGCAGGAGGCGGCAGACUAAUUUGCAAAAGGGGAAACAGCUGCUGCGAGAAGGCAAAUUAUCGGAAGCCCGAGAUUGUUUUUCACGCUCCAUUAACGUAACUUCUUCAAUGGCACAUGAAGUUAUUAAAGUAUGGAACUAUUUUUAAAUACUAAUAUGUGUAUUAUUUAAAUAGGUGGAUAUACAGCUUGCAUUAUACUGUAAUUCGAAAGUAAAAAAAUAGAAACAUAGAACGGCAGAUAAGAACCAUUCGGCCCAUCUAGUCUGCCCGAUUUUCUAAAUACUUUCAUUAGUCCCUAGCCUUAUCUUAUAGUUAGGAUAGCCUUAUGCCUAUCCCACGCAUGCUUAAACUCCUUUACUGUGUUAACCUCUACCACUUCAGCUGGAAGGCUAUUCCAUGCAUCCACUACCCUCUCAAUAAAGUAAUACUUCCUGAUAUUAUUUUUAAACCUUUGUCCCUCUAAUUUAAGACUAUGUCCUCUUGUUGUGGUAGCUUUUCUUCUUUUAAAUAUAGUCUCCUCCUUUACUGUGUUGAUUCCCUUUAUAUAUUUAAAUGUUUCUAUCAUAUCCCCCCGUCUCGUCUUUCCUCCAAACUAUACAUGUUAAGAUCAAUACUUGUGUUAACUUAUUUCUUCUUUUAAAAUAAAAUUUCAAGAUUCGUUAACUCGUUAUUGGAUAUUAUUUAAAAGAAAAUCCAUUAGCUGAAAACAUUGGGCUUUGAGUUAAAUAUACUGGAUAUCUGAAUGUAUGUGUUCCUUUUGGACAUAUUCAUUGUAGUGUAAUGCUGCAGAGGGGUGCUUUUACUAAUAUACACAUUUUGGAUUUCAGAAAUGGAUAGAUUUAACCUGUUUUUUUAACGCAGCCAUGUAUAAUACAUUUGUAAAGAGUGAUUGAGUGGCUAAUUAUUUAACUGGCUUUGCAUUGUGGUAACUGUAGUAUUGCGCAGCCAAGGUUGGGUAUCACUGGUCUAAGUUCCUUGCAGGGGGGUGAGGGCUAAUGUGGUGUUACAGACAGUGUUAGCCAACAGAUAGCAUCACAGCAUAUAAUCAAAAUAUCCCAUGAUGCUCUGCUAAAUCAGAAUGACGGGAGUUAAAUUGUUGCAGCUGGACAGCUAUUUUUUUUUGUCAAGUCCCAUUUAUUUUCUGUUUCUGAAUGGAUCUGCAAAUAAUAAGUGAAUACUUCUGAUUGGCUCAAUUUCCAAUGUGUAUAUAUGUAUUUUUAAGGACCUACACAGUCCUGACCAUGUUCUUCAUCCUAAAUUAGUUAGUUGAUUGAUACAUGCUAAAUCAAACUAUGUAUACAACUGGAAUGCUGUUUUGCCAAAUCGUGAGAAACACAUUCUUUGCGUAUCUAGUGAAGAGACUGUUAUAUCUGUAUUUUGCUUGGUAGACUGCUCGCGCAGAAGGUGUGGACUGCAUUGUUGCUCCCUAUGAAGCGGAUUCCCAGCUGGCGUACUUAAAUAAAAAUGGUUUUGCUCAGGCAAUUAUUACUGAAGAUUCCGACCUGCUGGCGUUUGGUUGUAAAAAGGUAACUCUAAUGUGUGUAUGAGGGCCACAAAACAGGUUUUGUGGAACUAUAAUUUUGCAUGAUGCCCAUCCACGCAGAGUUUGACAAAGCCCCUCCCCCCUACCAGUUGCCCCUCCGUGGACCAUUCCGUUAUACCACUAGGGUAGUACCAAAUUGUCUGUGCUUUCUUACAGUGCUAAAUGGACCUCCAUUAAAAUUCUUGUCUAAUUCUUUGUGCAUGUGAUUCCUGUAACUGUACAUAUAGAUUAUAUAUAGAAUACUGAAAUUGAGUGUAUUACCCCUGUUUCCUAUUUGUGCUUUAGAAUCUCUGUGAAAUUAUUUGUUUGAUCUAGCCGUGAGCAUGUCUGAUCUUUAUUUCAUAGGUGAUUUUAAAAUUAGAUAAGUUCGGGAAUGGUCUAGAAAUCGACCAGGCACGGCUGGGAAUGUGUAAACAGCUUGGGGACGUAUUCACUGAAGAAAAAUUUCGUUAUAUGUGCAUUCUGUCUGGCUGUGAUUAUCUUCCUUCUAUUCAUGGCAUUGGUCUGGCUAAAGCUAGUAAACUUAUAAAAAUCGCAAACAACCCUGAUAUUCUAAAGGUAACUCAUUUUGUGGGAUGGGACGGCUUUUUACAUCUUGAUUGUGCAGCGAUGGGCAUAUCGGGUGAAUGAAAUGUUCUGUCAACAUUGAAGCCAAUUAUUGGUCACUGGUAGAACAAGAGUGACACAGUCUGCUAGAUCUCUCUCUUUAUUAAUUUUUUUUUUUUUUUUAAAUAACUUUUCAUUAAACCAAACCUCAAUUUUCUUCCUUGUAUUUUUGUUUUGUUUGUUUUUUUACAUCUUGCUUGUAUUUUAACAUGCUCUGCAAAACUGAUGUGCAUUGUAAAUCUCUGCACCACGUAAAUAGACUUAAAAAUAUUUGUGACAGAAAAUAAAAUAUUAUAUGCAAUAGCAUGUAUGAGUGCAUUACAAAAUAACUGUUAUAAUGCAUAUCAUCUUUUAAUUAGUAUAAAAAAUAUAUAUAUUUUUUUAUUUAAAACAAUGUCUCUUAUAGACUGUUCUGGAUCCUAUAUAAUAUGCUGUACAAAAGCUAAAGAAAAAGUCACUUCAAAUGGUCCAAAUAUCAAAAAAGAAUUAAUGUUUUUCUGCAGAUGUAUGUUCAUUCUUUUGUCUGUGUGUUUGACUUUGUAUUCACAUCUGUUAAUGUCUGUUGCCAGUUCUAAAAUAUUCUGGGAUGUGUACGUUUUUCUGUUUAUAUUAUAGGUCAUAAAGAAAAUUGGGCAGUACUUGAAAAUGAAUAUUACAGUUCCCGAUGGGUAUAUAGAUGGAUUUGUCCGUGCCAAUAAUACAUUCCUUUACCAGCUGGUAUUUGACCCUGUGAACAGGAAACUGGUUCCUCUGAAUCCGUAUGAUAACGAUGUUCAACCUGAAGAAUUGGAUUAUGCUGGACCGUAUCCUUUUUUAAAAAUUUUUUUUUUAUAUAAUAUAUAUAUAUAUUGCAUUUAUGUGUCUGUAAAUCAGGUGGUGGUGGGGGUUUUUUUUUUUUGGUGUUGAUAUAUCAAAAAAAUAAGCCAUAGCAUAAAGCAAAAUAUUUUAACACUUCACCAACUGGAUUGUAGAUGCACUGCUGUUUGAGUCUCCUUUGUGCUGUGUUUGCAGUCAUUAAACCAAAAUUACAGUAGAUAUUUGUCCUUCUAGACCUCUCCUGCCCGCUCUGUAUGAUUUCUCUAAUAAAUAGGGCAUUGUGGAUAAAUGACACUGACAUUGCAACGUCAAGGCCAAAAAAACAAACUGGACAAUAAUUUAUAUAUAAUAUAAUGAGAACGGUUUGCGCGACAUCGCUGUAACCUGGCGGGCAAGGAAAGUGGACUGUAAUGCGCAUGCGUGAACAUUGAUAAAGAGAUGCUGGGAGAACUGUGUAAGGUCCCAAAGUGCCUACUUUGAAGAGGACUGAGGCAUCAUUGUCUUAUAUACAAUGUUUCUGGUAUCUUCUUCAAUAAAUGUCGUGUUUUUUUUUUUUUUGUUUUUUUUUAAUAUAUGGUUAGUUCAGCUUUUCAAAACUAGUGUUCCGCGGAACCCUGGGGUUCCGCCGCGAUCUGACCAUCGGGUGGCUCAUGCACUUGGGGCCACCUGAUGGCUAUUAUCGCUGAGCAAGGGCUCGCGGCCUGGGCCCCUGCACUAUCAGCGGACUGGGAGGAAGUGACAGCACUUCCUCUCAGCCUCAUUAGAGAAACUGCCGCGCGGGAGGAAUGCAGUGAGUGAUAACCAGGUUGGAGGCAGCAGCACACCGCAUGGAGACAGAGGAGAGGCUGGGAGUGAGCUGCUGCUGCAUGCUUACAACCAUCAGCUUCAGACAGGACCAGACCUCCAAGCAAGCCACCCUCCUGGACACCAAGAUAAGCUAACGGGAAGGUGGCUCAAAUACAAACAUUUUAACUUGUGUGUAUCAGUGUGUGCAUCUAAGUGUGUGUGUAUAUGUACCAGUGUUUCUAUCUGUGUGUCUAUGCAUCAGUGUGUAUGUGCCAGUGUAUAUAUCUGUAUUAACAAAAAAUGGUACCUGUGUAUGUGCCAGUGUGUCAAGGUGUGUGUCUGUAGGUGUCAAUGUGUCUAUAUGUGUGUAUGUUUGUAAAUAUGCAAACAUAUCCCAUGCAAACAUAAACAUUACACACACACAAAAAAAACUGAAUUCAAACACCAAUACUACUCACAAAUGUACAUCCAUGUUUAAAAGCCAACACUACAUCCAAAAACACCCCUGCAAACAAAUGCAAACAUUACAGACACAAACACCCGUGUAUUAACCUCUUGAGGACUGAGCCAAAUGUACACAUUGUGAUCAAAACGUAAACAAAAACUUGAACCUCGUACAUUGGGAUCACUUUACAUAUUUAAUGUUUCCUAAAAUCGCAGGCGUGUAACCUUGUACAGUCUGGAAUAGUGGGAAGCUAGAAUCUUUAUUGUGCCUUUUUUGGGGGUGGGGAGAUUGGGUCUCCCCCCCUUCUCCUAAACCUGUGGUGGAGUGACUAAACUGUUUCCCCUCAUCUAAAUGAUAGAUUUACAGUAAUUUACUUAAUUGUGAAUUGACAAGAAUUCACUAUAUAGUUACAGAUUUAAGUCCACAGUGCUGAGAUAGUUUAGAAUUUUUUUUUGCCUGAAGUUUAUGCUUUUAAUCCCUAACAGUUCAGUUUAGUGGCUAUCCCUAAAUGUUUUGUUUUAGUUUGUGUGUGACCUAUCUACCCUGUAACCUAAAAUCCCACCUGUCGUAUGUUCCCCUCUGUGUUCUUUUUUUUUUUUCUUUUUGUUGUUGUUCCUUUUCCUUAAUUUAGCCUAGAAACAUUGGUGAUACGGCUGCUUUGCAGAUUGCUCUUGGAAACGCUGACGUUAACACCAUGGAACAGAUUGAUUUUUACAAUCCAGAUGAUCCACAGGUAUAACACAAGAUGUUUAUAUACGAUGCAUCUACUGUACUUCUAGCAACAUGUUAUCAGCACAUCUUGUAAAAACCUCAUUUUGUUUCAUUUAAUCAAGACGGCAAAUUGUAUUUUUAUGUAUUUUCCUUAUGAAUGCCGGCAAUGUAUGGGGUAUAUGUAAAGCAUGCUUAUUAAUUCUAAGAUUAGUUUCUGUCCAAUGAUUGUCUUAUUACAUAUACCCUAAGGAAAAUAUUUGGAUUCUUUAGUGCUUCAGAGAGCAUUUAAUUCACAGAGAUAUUUGACUUUGAUUUUGUCUUUUUAGCCUUCCCAACAACGGAGCCAAAGUUGGAAAAGCAAAGACAUUGCACCUGCGGAGAGCAUUUGGAAAAGGAAUUACACGCCAUCAAAAUAUGUGGCAACGGAAAGGAAACAAAGUGAGGACAAACACAGCCCCCGCGGGUUAAUUCUCCCAAGCAGUAAGACUGCAAAAAGACCUCAUGAUGGUAUGUUUCUGUUAUUAAAAUUAAUUAAAUGAUCAGUAAAUUACACACUAUUUAUCAAUAUUAUGUUAUGGCACUGGUGCUAAAUGUUUUUAUGAACCUACCACAUUUUAACGGUUUCUGCCUGAACACGUGUGAUGUUGGUUGCACUGCUUGGCCUACCACUAGGUUAACCCGUGAUUGAGCAGAGAAACUGUGCAGGGGACUGUGGUAUAGAUAAAUAGUUAAAUACUUUUCUUUUGGUUUUGCACUUAAAGGGAUUCUAAAAUGCCAGGAAAACAAAGCAGUUUUUCUGGCACUGUAGGUUCCUACAGUGCCCCACUCCCGCAGUACUGAAGGGGUUAAAACCCCUUCAGUCAUUUACCUGAAUCCAGUGCUGAUGUGCCUCUGUGCUGGGUCAGGCUCCCCCUACGCUCUCAUUAGGAUUUCCCCAUAGGAAUGCAUUAAUCAAUGGAGAUUCCGGUGACGCUGCAAGUCCUCAUACACAGUGUGAGGACGUCCAGCGUCAUCUAAGCUCCCGGAAGUCCCUAUAGUGGAGUUAACCCUGAGAGGUAAUUAUAAUAUUUACCACUGUAUGGUCAUGAGACAUUGCACCCAGACCAUUUAAAUGAGCUGAAAUUGUCUGGGUGCCUACAGUGUCCCUUUUAAGUAUGCUUGCAGAGGGUGAAGGGAAUCUCACAAAUUCAUGUUUUCUGGCUUAGUUUGGGGAGGAUCACAUUUGUGUGCAUCAUUUGAAAUGUAGUUAUGUGGCUCACAGUUGAUGUUUCUGAGCUAACUGUCACAUUUGUAUGUAGCUAGGUUCAUGUAUCAAUACAAUAAAGAAUUGACAUUUUUGUUGUUUUAAAGGUUUUUUUUUUGUUUUUUUUUUGUUUUUACUUCUUUGUCUAAAAGGUGGCAUGUCAGACUCUGAUAUCUUUAGCCAGUAUUCAUUUUCUAAAAACAAGAAAGCCAAACAUGAACCAGAUAAGCUUUUAACUCAACUGAAGAGUUCCAGCCCAACUAAAAUCUUACAGCCAUUAGAAGAUUGUUCCAAUAAUAAGGCGCAGAAUCCGCAGCCAAAGGUCCGGAAUAAAUUUGCUACCUUGUUGCAAAGAAGAAGUGAGGAAGGUGGUUCGGUGUCUGCCAUGGGGACGAGGAGCAGGUAUGUAAUUUCUUAAAGUAUUGUGAUACAGAUAAGAAUUGAUUGACUUGUACUCUGUCUGGUCCCAGUUCAAAAACUCAACAUUUGUUCUUUUCCUUACUUUGGCUAACUGUGUCCUGGACAUUUCAUACUCCUGCCCCACAGCUGUUGCUAGUCCACAAUAUUCAGCUUGCAAGUGAUUUUGGAAAUGUUGAACCUAAAUUGGAUGCUCACGUCUAUCCUAUUUAUUUAUUUCUCACCUAGCAUCUCUGUAAGAAGACCCACAUCUCCUUGUAGGUUACAUUUCCUCAUUAUACCUAUAUUUUCCCCCCCUUAUCUUUUAUAUCUUAUAUAUCUUUUCUGUAAUAUAAUAUUUGAGCUAAUCUGGCAGCAUUACAAAUGAAUGAUAAAACUACUGUUGAAUUGCAAUGAUUAAAUGAAAUCUAAACAAUGAAUCCAAACUGGCUGGUAACUCCACCCCAUCUCUUCAUGUGUAAUAAGUGCUGUAAUACUGAUUAAAAUAUUUUAGGGCCAGACUAUUUAUUGGUACAUUCCUUUUCACUCUGGCAAACAAAGCUUAAAUGAAAACGAUAUAUACAUUUUUUUUAUUUUUUAUUUUUAUUUCUUUAUAUUUUUUUAAACACCUUUUUUAUUGGAGCUGUUAUAUGGGAAAGUUUAUUUUUCAUAGGGGAUUAAAAUUAAUAUAACUUCUGUUUAUUUUUAGAUUUUUCUACAAGCCACCCGACCAAUCCAGUUCUUUGAUGGGUGAAACAGAACAGUCAGAAAGUUACAAUGUUGACAGUGGCACAAAGAUAAACGAGAUUAACAGUGAAACUGAAGCAAUAAAGGAGGAGUUUGAUGUAAAGGCUGAGAAGGAGCUGCGUACGUCUCCAGUGUCGGAGGACUGUAGACUGUCUUUACAGGCAGCUCCUGUACCUAGCCCAAAAGGCUGUUUCAGCUGGUCUGGGAGUCUGACCACAGGCAACUCCAAGGCUCUCACUGUCUCUCCAUCUCUGCUGUCUCUUAGAAAGUUUCAAAGAGUGAAGCCUUGCUUAGAACCCAACACAGAGAGAGAUAAGACAGAUUGUCCCAACGGAUCGGAUAAUACAGUGUUCAGUAUAGAUUCAAGUCCUUCAGAAACACAAGAAACAUCAUCUGUUGUGGAAAGUGGAGACUCUAGCUCAGAGGUAAAAUGGGGGUAAACUCCCUGGUUUUUGGUAUAAUUUAUGUAAAUCCUUGGUUCGGAUAGCAUACGCAUAUAGAUUCCUUUUUGCACUUUAAAUGGGAUUUGUUAAACACGUUAAAAAAGCCAAAAGUUUCUGUCCUUGAAAACUGUAGAUGGCCUGUCUGCAGCUGCAUAAAGGUCUAUCCCAUAAACCACUGCACAGAGAUAAAGGUCAACCCAAGCUGUGCAGGCAGCAGAGAGACAUGCAAAACCUGCAUAAAAAAUUUACAUAGCCAGCCUUAAAACAAUGGCACAAGCAACUUUCCUUAAUUUUAUGUUUUCUUCUUGUGCUCAGGACAUGUUGCAGUAUUACACUGUAUUACUUGUUGGCACUGCUAAUUACAUUAACCCCUUAAAGGACCACUCUAGGCACCCAGACCACUUCAGCUUAAUGAAGUGGUCUGGGUGCCAGGUCCCCCUAGGAUUAACCCUUUUUUAUUUUUUUUAUUUUAUUUUUUAUAAACCUAGCAGUUUCAGAGAAACUGCUAUGUUUAUAAAUGGGUUAAUCCAGCCUCCAAAUCCUCUAGUGGCUGUCUCAUUGACAGCCGCUAGAGGUGCUUGCGUGCUUCUCACUGUGAAAAUCACAGUGAGAAGACGCAAGCGUCCAUUGUAAAUGCUUUCCUAUGAGACCGGCUGAAUGCGCGCGCAGCCAGCCGAAGGAGAGGAGGAGGAGGAGAGCUCCCCUUUCCUCUCCCAAGAGCUGGGCGGGAGGGGGACCCUGAGGGUGGGGGCACCCUCAGGGCACUAUAGUGCCAGGAAAACGGGUAUGUUUUCCUGGCACUAUAGUGGUCCUUUAAGGACACAUGACGUGUGACAUGUCAUGAUUCAAUUUUAUUACAGAAGUUUGGUCCUUUAAGGGGUUAAAUAAAGGGACUAAAUAAUUAAUCCAAGAGACUGAAACACUGUAGGUUUUGCCAACACUGCGCACAUGUAAAUGAUAAAAACCAUUGUACAUCUUCGAGAGGAAUGUAGUCAUCAUAGAAAAACAGACUGAUUAUAUAUACAGAAGCACACUACUACUUUAUUAAAAGAAAAUAUAAAAUAUAUUAAAAACAAAAUGUGGAAUUUGAUCUGAAACUAAUCUGAGCUAUUUGCUUUCUUUAUUUCAUAAGGAGCUGGACAACUCUUUGGAAACUCCCUGCAAAUUCACUCUGAAAACAUCUCCUCCCGAACGGAAGAUUAUCUCAACUAAAAGCAAGGUAGUGAUCAUAUUGUGUAUCAAAUAUUGCAUAGUGGAAACGUUUUUAUCAUUUUUCUACAAACCAAUUACUUGCAGAAUUAUAUAAGCAAUGCUGUACAGGCACUUCAUUCUUAUGAAUGCAGCUACAUUAUAGCAUUGAUAUAUUAAUGAGCUUCUAAAAAGGCAAUUCAUUGUGGGAAAUGGGUACUGGCAGUACAUUUCAUUUAUACCUUAGUUUGAUUGCCAUAAAACUACUUUUUCUGUUAUAAUAUUGCAUGAAUUGAACUUGUAUUGCAAGAUCUAAUGAUGUAAACUAUAUUCUAAAUACUACUCCUGUUUUCCAGGUUCCUGGACUCCUUAAAUCAAAGACUAUGUAUUCUGGGUUUGGGAAAAAAGUGAAGCCAACUGCACCUGCCAAAGCCAGUGGCCUGAGCAGCCGUGGCCGCACAAAAGCUACUCAUAAUAAUGAGAAUAAGCCAGCACUGCAAGCCACAAUUAAUGAUUUGUGGAAGAACUUCAGCUUUAAGAAGUGA